GUUAGGGAGGGAGAUGAUAUUGAGAUGCCUUGUGCUUUCCGGGCCAGUGGAUCUGCCUCUUACUCCUUGGAAAUCCAAUGGUGGUACCUUAAGGAACCAGCACGAGAGCUUGCACACGAAUUAGCCAUCAGUGGUCCUGGCAGCAGAAGCAAGGCAACCAAUAAAGAUGCAACUAAGAUCAGCACGGUGCGCGUCCAGGGCAAUGACAUUUCGCAUCGGCUGCGGCUGUCAGGGGUCCGGCGACAGGACGAGGGGGUCUACGAGUGCCGGGUGUCGGACUACGGCGACGAAGACACUCAGGAGCAUAAAGCCCAGGCGGUGCUGCGCGUCCUGGCGCGCUUCUCGCCUCCCGACGUGCAGGCGGCCGAGGCCGUCUCGCACAUCCAGAGCAGCGGCCCGCGGAGAAGCAGCCCGCCCGGGCGAGCCACCGCCGAGCCGGGCCUGGGAGACAAGCGCCUCCUGCCGGCGCAGGGCGAAGCCUCCGCGGCCGCCGCUUCCUCCUCCCUCUCCUCCUCCUCCUCCUCCUCUUCUUCUUCCUCGGCGUCUUCGGCGUCCUCCGCCGCCUCUUCUUCCAGCCCCGCGACUGUGGCGGCGGCGGCGGCGGCAGCGGCAGCAGCCUCGUCAGCCUCGCCUCGCCCGGGCUCAGCAACAGUCCUCCCGCAGCAGCGCGGAUCAGGUAGGUGGAGGCGCAGCGACACCUGA